UAUAGCGGCGGCGGACGAGGGUUUUUGCUCCCAAUUUUUCCUUCAUCGGGAAUCUCGCUUCGAUUCGUGGGUCGAUUAAUCGCUCUUGAUUUUUACUUGGAAAAUCAAUUGGAGAUUGGAGUUCGCCAUGGCGGGGUUUGUUGGGGUGGUUUUGACUGUGGUUUUGAGUGUGUGUGUUUUGGUGGAGGGUAAUUACAUGGUUUACGACACCGCCCAAGGUGUUGUGCCGGGAAAAUUGAAUGUGCAUUUGGUUCCUCAUACGCACGACGAUGUUGGCUGGUUGAAGACUGUCGAUCAGUACUACGUUGGUUCCAAUAAUUCGAUUCAGGUAGCAUGUGUGCAGAAUGUCCUGGAUUCCUUAAUCCCCGCAUUGCUUGCUGAUAAGAAUCGGAAAUUUAUUUAUGUUGAGCAGGCGUUUUUCCAACGAUGGUGGCGGCGACAGAGUGAAGCGACAAAGAAGACGGUCCAAAUUCUAGUCAGCACCGGUCAACUUGAGUUAAUAAACGGUGGCAUGUGCAUGCACGAUGAGGCGGCAACACAUUACAUUGACAUGAUAGAUCAGACAACAUUAGGGCACCGAUAUAUCAAACAGCAGUUCAAUGUCACUCCUAGGAUUGGAUGGCAAAUUGACCCUUUUGGACAUUCUGCCGUUCAGGCGUACCUUUUGGGGGCAGAGGUUGGAUUUGAUGCACUUUUCUUUGCCCGUAUUGACUAUCAAGAUAGAGCGAAAAGGAGAGAUGAGAAAAAGCUCGAGUUUAUUUGGCAGGGUUCGAAAACCCAAGGUUCUUCCUCUCAGAUAUUUUCUGGGGCUUUCUAUGCCGGGAAUUAUGAACCUCCAACCGGUUUUUAUUACGAAGUCAAUGAUGAAUCUUCCCCUGUAGUCCAGGAUGACAUCAAUCUGUUUGAUUACAAUGUUCAAGAGCGUGUCGAUGCUUUUGUAGCUGCUGCCUUAUCACAGGCGAAUGUUACUCGAUCAAAUCAUAUCAUGUGGACAAUGGGAACGGAUUUCAAGUAUCAAUACGCAGAGACAUGGUUCCGCAAUAUGGACAAGCUCAUACAUUAUGUGAAUCAAGAUGGCCGUGUGAAUGUCUUAUAUUCAACUCCAUCAAUAUACACCGACACGAAACAUGCUCUAAACGAGGCCUGGCCUCUUAAAUCCGAUGACUUCUUCCCAUAUGCAGACCGUAUUAAUGCUUAUUGGACUGGAUAUUUUACAAGUAGGCCGGCCAUAAAAGGCUAUGUCAGAACAAUGAGUGGGUACUAUUUGGCAGCAAGACAGUUAGAACUCUUUAAAGGAAGAAAUAAAUCAGGGCCCACGACCGAAUCUUUAGCCGAUGCUUUGGCAAUUGCACAACAUCAUGAUGCAGUUACUGGUACUGAAAAACAACACGUUGCUAACGACUAUGCUAAACGACUUUCAAUAGGUUACAAAGAGUCUGAGGAUGUUGUAGCAGCUGCCUUUGGUUGUAUGACACAAUCAUCGUCGUUUUCGGAAUGCAAGGAUCCUCCUACAAAAUUCACCCAGUGUCCACUUCUGAACAUAAGCUAUUGUCCUGCAACAGAAGUUGAUAUUUCGCAAGGGAAGAAAUUAGCAGUGCUCGUGUACAACUCCCUGGGGUGGAAAAGAACAUCUGUCGUGAGAAUUCCCGUGAUCAACGAGAACGUCACUGUAUCAGAUUCUACCGGAAAAGUGAUUUUGUCACAGAUUAUUCCAAUUGUUAAUGCUUCAAUAGCAAAUAAAAAAUUCUACGCCACUGCAUACACGGGCGAAUCCACUUCGGCAGGCCCCAUGUAUUGGCUUGCAUUCACAGCCGAAGUUCCACCUUUGGGUUUCAGCACUUACGUGAUCUCAAGUGGUAAAGCUUCUGCUUCGAUAAAACCAAGAUCGUACACUUUUGGUGGGGCCCAAAACAGCAGUGCUGUGGAAAUAGGUUCCGGAAACUUGAAGCUUAUAUAUUCUGGAAACAACGGAACACUUACGCAAUAUAUUAAUAGCAGAAGCUCGGUGAAUAUGUCUCUAGAGCAGUCGUACACUUACUAUGCUGGGGAAGCAGCGGGUACUGAUCAGGCUUCAGGGGCAUACGUCUUUCGGCCAAACGGCACAUCUGAAGUACAACCUGAAGAGAAGUUUCCGCUUAGAGUUUUCAAAGGACCGCUCUAUGAUGAAGUUCAUCAGAUGAUUAACUCAUGGAUAUAUCAGAUUACACGAGUGUACAAGGAGAAGGAACACGUCGAGGUCGAAUUUACUGUUGGCCCAAUACCUAUCGAUGAUGAAGUAGGAAAAGAGAUCGUCACCCAAAUAAAAUCAAAUAUAGGAAAUAACAAAACAUUUUACACAGACUCUAAUGGACGUGAUUUCCUCGAACGAAUUCGAGAUUACAGAGCUGAUUGGGACCUUGAAGUGAACCAACCAAUUGCAGGGAAUUACUACCCUAUAAAUCUUGGAAUUUACAUCAAAGACAACAAUACAGAGCUCUCGGUUUUGGUUGACAGAUCGGUUGGAGGAUCGAGUAUAACUGACGGUGAAGUGGAGAUAAUGCUCCACAGGAGAUUGCUCUAUGACGAUGGCAGAGGUGUCGACGAGUCUCUGAACGAAACAGUCUGUGUUCUCGAUAAGUGCUCUGGCUUAACUGUCCAAGGGAAGUAUUAUCUCAGAUUUGAUCCACUUGGAGAAGGGUCCAAGUGGCGCAGGUCGUUUGGACAAGAGAUUUACUCCCCCUUUCUUUUGGCCUUCACCGAGCAGGAUGAUAAGUGGACAAAUUUUGCAAUACCAACCUUUUCAGCUAUGGAUUCUUCGUAUAGUCUACCGGAUAAUGUCGCGAUAUUAACCCUCCAGGAGCUUGAAGACGGAACGGUUCUCCUUCGCUUGGCGCAUCUAUAUGAGGAUGGUGAGGACAAAGAUUUAUCUGUCAUGGCAACCGUCGAACUGAAGAAAGUCUUCCCAAAUAAGAAGAUAAACAAAAUCAAGGAAAUGAGUUUAUCGGCAAACCAAGAGAGAGAAGAAAUGGUGAGAAAAAGAUUAUCUUGGAAAGUGGAAGGCUCCAAAACUAAACAAGACAAUGAUUUGAGAGGUGGGCCCGUAAAUCCCGUUAAGUUGACAGUCGAACUCGCCCCCAUGGAAAUACGGACCUUCAUCAUCGACUUUAACACAAAACUCGUCCAGUACUAAAAGUGCAACGAUCUCAGUCGGGAUUUUGGUGGCAAAAUUACUCGACAAAGAGCUCGAAUAAUGUAGUAACGGCGUUUAUUUUAUAUGCUCUUUCUGGAAUACAACGAUUAAUAAAUAACUUUUUGUUUCUUUUUU